AUGUAGGAUAGAGACAUAAAUAUGGGUGAUUUUAAUGGAUAAAUAGGUUAAGGUGGUUCUACUUAAUUUAAUCAGUUUGAAAUAGUGAGUAAUUAAAAUUCUGGAUUAAUCUCUAUGGAAAUAAAUCAAUAGUAAAUUUAUUACUCCGAUUCUACUUCAAUUAAUUUCUCUAAUUAUGUUUGUAAAUAACAAAAUUCAUAAUCUCAAGAAUUUGGAAAAGGUAAUAGUUAAUAUCUAUAUGGUGAUUGUCUAAAUUUUGUCGAGGUUGGUGUAGUGUCUCAAAAACAAAUAAAUGAGAAUCUGGAAUCUCAACAAUCAAAUUAAAUACCUUAAUAAGCAAAUGAAACAUCUUAAACAAAUUAAGUACCUCAAACAUAAAUUGUAAUACCUCAAAAAACAAAUUAUACAUCUUAAAUAGAUUAAAAAGAUAUGAAAUUAUAUGAAAGAUAUUAUGAGAAUGAAAUAUGUCCUCAUUUGUUACCAAUGAAAGAAUAUUUUUUAUAAACAGAUGACGUAAAUGUAUUAUUUAAAUAUAGCCAAAUAAUAAAGUUUAGGAAUACAUAAGUAAUCAACAGGAAGUUGAAAUAAGUAAAGAGGAAUUAUAAGAACUUUAUGAUGCAUAAAGUUAAGAAUUUAAAAUGAAAAUUGCCUAAUUUAGUGAAAAUAAAUUAAUGUAAAAUUUAAGUUUUACUUAAAAAAUUUAUGGGAAGCAAUAGAAAUCUAUUAGAAUAAACAAAAUUCAAGAUAAAAUCGACCAAACAUUAAAAUUGUGUCAGUAAUUUACUAAUAGAAGAUAUUCUCAAAUUGUCUUAUCAUUUUAAUUGUUAGAUAAUUUUGAAGAUUGCUAAGAAUUUUUGCAAAAUUUGGAUUUGCCUUAAGAAAAACCUAUUUUAAGAAAAUUAAAUUAAUUAAUUGGAAAUGAAUAAAAAGAUAUAGAGAAUGGAAUCAUUAAUGAAUUAUAAAAAUCAGAUUAAAAAAUAAUUGAUUUUUUUAAAAAUGAUAGAAGUCUUUAAAUAAAAGACUAUUCACUAAAUCAAAUAUUACUUAAAAUUAUAGAAGAAAAUAACUAUAUGUAUGAUAUUAAGAAGGUAUUUCUAAAUUAUAUGAUAGUUGGAUAAAUAAAAUUAAGAAAAGAGCAAGAGUUCUUUUGCAGAAAAUAGAAAUAAAAUUAGUGAAAUAAAUAAUUAAAAGGAAAAUUUGAUUUAAUAAUAUUAAAGUAAAAUUUUUGCUAAAUUAUAGCGGGCUAAAUUGAUGAAAAAGAGUUCAAUAAACAAUUAGAAAAUAAAUAAAUUGAGAAAUAAGAGCUUAAUAAAACUGGUAAGAGGUUAUUCCUUGAAUUAAUGAUUAUUGAAAAUGGGUCUUGUUAAAUUGAUUUUCAUGAUUAUAUAAUCUCAGAAAUUGAAAAUAUUUUAGAUGAUGUUUUUGAUAAAAUAGAAGCAUAUAAGAUAAGUCUUAAACUAUAAUAGAUAAAAUUAUAAAUAAUAAUAGGCGAAGGUUUUAUUAUUAAAUAAUAUUAUAGGAUUAAAUUCUAAAAAUUAUGAACAUAUCAUCAAUCCUAUGAUAUAACAUUAUAUAUAAUAGUACCUCUAACAAAAAAUAGAAAUAAAAGAAGGAAAAAUUGAUGUUAUAGUUUGA